UUCUCUAUGGACAAAUCGAAUCAGUUUAAGUAGGUUAUAUUUAAAAAUUGUUAAAGGUUUACGCUAGUUAUUUAAAUAUUUUUAUAUUAUUACUCUUUGUCACAAAUUGUUAUUAUGGCACCUCAACCUUCACUGAAAAAUCUUACUAAUCGAGCCUUCGGUAAACCUGCAGCACAACAGAAUCCAACCCUGCAGGAACUAGGAGCACCACAUGUCGAUAGUUUCAACUUCUUGAUAGAAACAGGAUUGAAUAAAGCAGUAGAAAAUUUAGAGCCCAAACAGUAUGCUAUAAAUGAUGAUAAAUUAAAAUUUAUCAUUUCGGAGGCUUCUUUAUCAAGUCCAACUGUUCCUGUAGGAACAGUAUGUUCAAACAGAGCUAUAUUCCCUAAAGAAUGUAGACAGAGAGCUGGCACUUACAAGGGAAAAUUACAGAUUAAAAUUGAUUGGUGGCUAAAUGAACAACCUCAGGAACCGAUAUAUAAAGAUUUGGGUGACAUACCAAUUAUGGUAAAGUCUAAAAAAUGUCAUUUACACAAUAUGACUCCUGAAGAAUUGAUUGCAGCAGGGGAACAUGAAGACGAAUGGGGGGGUUUUUUUAUAAUUAAAGGUCAUGAAAAACUUGCUAGAAUGCUUCUCAUGACAAGAAGAAAUUAUCCAGUAGCUAUUCAGCGAAAUGGAUGGAAAAUGAGAGGUAAAUUAUUUUCUCCUCUGGGUAUUUCUAUAAGAUGUGUGAGAGAAGAUCACACUUCAGUGGUAAAUGUCCUUCAUCAUCUAUAUGAUGGCACUGCAAAACUUAUGUUCACUCAUAAUAAGACCCCAUUUUUCAUACCACUCAUGCUUGUUUUAAAAUGUUUGUGGGAUUAUAGGUCAGAUUACAUUAUUAACAAUAAGUUCAUGAUGAAAGCUUAUGAUGAUAAUAAGAAAUACCAAGAUUGCAUCUAUCGAAUGAUGAGACAAUUGGACGAACAGAAUCUCCAAAAACACGAAGAUUGCAAGAGUUAUGUGGGUAAAGUAUUCAGGGCCAAAUACCCCGAAUGCCCACCUUGGUAUACAGAUUCUGAAGUGACCGAUUUCAUCAUUAAACAUGACAUUUUGAUUCAUCUGGACAAUAAUAAGGACAAAUUCAAUAUGCUAGUAUUCAUGAUGCAAAAAUUGUUUACUUAUGUUGAGGAUCAAUGUCAAACAGAAGGAGCCGAUUCAGUUAUGAUGCAAGAGGUUCUUCAAGGUGGCCAUCUCUACCUCCAAGUUGUGAAAGAAAAGCUUCGGACUUGGCUAGGUCGAGUGAGAUACAGACUGGUCAAUAAAGCAAGCAAAACGGUCGGUUAUAAAGUGACUCCGCAAGACGUAUAUCAAGCCAGUAAGUAUGCUGGUGGACUUGAAACAGAAAUGGAGAAUUUUCUUGCUACUGGCAACAUAAAUUCCAAGACUGGUUUGGGUCUAAUGCAAGACAAGGGAUUGGUAAUUGUGGCCGAAAACCUGAACAGAAUGAGAUACAUGUCUCAUUUUAAAUCUGUUCAUAGGGGAGCUUUUUUCAUGGAAAUGAGAACGACUGAUGUCCGGAAAUUACUUCCCGAUGCUUGGGGUUUCAUUUGCCCGGUUCACACACCAGACGGAGGACCCUGCGGUCUUCUCAACCAUUUGACUAGUGCGUGCUUCAUUUCGAAGGAGGCCGACGAGGAAGUGGUCAAAAAGUUGCCCUUAGUUUUGGCUACGUACGGUGCAAUCUCAUUGGAAGACAGUAAAUAUUGCCACAUGAACAAAUGCACAUUUGUUAUUCUUGACGGCAAUGUUCAGGGCUUCGUGAAGGAUAAACAUGCAUUCAGAUAUGUGAAUACCCUCAGGCGUGUGAAAAUCAAAGGUGUGGAAAUACCCAAAACAACAGAGAUCGUUCACGUCCCCAAACAAGAAACUGUUGGUCAAUAUCCGGGCAUAUUCCUCUUCACUGGCCCCUCUAGGAUGAUGAGGCCGCUUUAUCAUAUCGAAACUGGCGAAAUAGAGUAUGUUGGUACCUUCGAACAGGUUUAUUUGGAUGUUGCUGUCACACCUAAGGAAAUUUAUCCAGGUGUUACCACUCAUUUAGAACCUUCGAAAUGUGAUUUUCUUUCUCAUUUGGCUCGUUUGAUACCUAUGCCUGACUGCAACCAGUCUCCGAGAAAUAUGUACCAGUGUCAGAUGGGCAAACAGACUAUGGGGACGCCCUGCCUUAACUGGCCUCUUCAAGCCCAAACUAAAUUGUAUAGACUCACGACUCCAGCUUCUCCCCUUUUUAGGCCUGCUCAUUACGAUACCUUGGGUAUGGACAAUUUUGCAAUGGGUACAAAUGCUAUCGUUGCUGUCAUCAGUUAUACGGGUUACGACAUGGAAGAUGCCAUGAUUAUAAAUAAAGCAUCAUACGAUUUUGGAUUUGCUCACGGUGCAGUAAUUAAGUCAGAAUUCAUCAAUCUAGACAAUCCAAACGACUUUUUCUGUAGGGAUAGCAAAAAAGAGUUUUUGGAUGAAUUCAUAGAUACAGAUGGUCUACCAUAUGUAGGUAGGAGGAUGCAGGCAGGAGAACCGUUCUAUUGUUAUUUCAGCGCUGACAAAUCGGAAUACGUAGUCGAGAAGUUUACGUCCCAAGAGGAGUAUGCGGUGGAGAGUGUGAAACAGUGCACCGGUUUUGGCCCCAAAACACCAAGGAUGGCGUGUAUCACCUUUAGAAUAGCGAGAAAUCCGAAUAUUGGAGACAAGUUUGCCAGUAGAGCUGGCCAGAAAGGUAUCUGUUCGCAAUUGUGGAAUCGGGAAGACUUGCCCUUCUCUGAGACUGGUAUGGUACCGGAUAUUAUCUUCAAUCCUCACGGUUUCCCCUCUAGAAUGACAGUUGCUAUGAUGAUCGAAGUGUUGGCUGGAAAAUCGGCAGUUCUGCACGGUCUAGUGCACGACGCCACACCUUUCGAGUUUUCCGAAGAUGAUGCUGCUAUCGAUUAUUUCGGAAAGCUUCUGGAACUAGGUGGUUACAACCGUUGCGGCUUGGAAACUUUCUACUCAGGAAUAAACGGUAAUCAAUUGAAGGCACAAAUAUUCACAGGGGUUGUGCACUAUCAGAGAUUGAGGCAUAUGGUUUCUGACAAGUUUCAGGUCAGAUCAACCGGAACAGUUGAUACCAUAACGAGACAGCCCAUAAAGGGAAGAAAGAGAGGAGGUGCUGUUCGUUUUGGUGAGAUGGAACGAGAUUGCUUGAUCGCUCAUGGUGGUGCCUUCUUGCUGCGAGACAGAUUAUUAAACAAUUCUGACGCCACUUAUGUUAAGGUUUGCGGAUUGUGUCAGUCAAUGAUCACUUGUAUGACUGAAACUACGAGGAUGAAUGAAAACAAAGAGCUAAUGGAAACGAUAGACUUUUGUAGGUUGUGUGGAUUGACAGACCACGUGAGAUCAGUGCUUAUACCUUAUAUAUUGAAGAUAUUCAUACUGGAAUUAGCGUCCUGCAAUAUCAGCAUAAAAAUGGCUCUGAAAAGUUUCAAAAAAGAUGAUGAAUAGUUAAAUAAUGGUUUAAGAAUAAUGAUUUUUGAUGAAAAGUAUUUGUUGAUAGUUUUAAUACUAAUGUACAUUUUGUUUACAAAUAAAUCUUAAUUAUUUUGUUA